AAAAGGAAGGUACUGUUGCGAAACUUGACGUGGCUCGACAAAUAUUUGCAUUGAUCGCAAUGUACGCGCUUGUUGUAAUCUCAUUAAGGUAUAAUACCGUCACGGUGAUAACUCCUAAAAUUUGUGUUGUUUUCGUUCCUUUCUUUUCAAGCAGCGUUAGCUACCAGCGUCGCAAACGGACGAACCAUAAUAAAGUAAAAUAAAGUAUUUGGAUAUUUUAAAGAAAAACGAAACAAGUCACAAGACACAAGGUAACCUGUGUCUUAUCAAAGAAAUGUCCAAUCGCGAGAAGGUAGAUAAUACUUUUACACAAGGCUUUGCGCGUCAAACUUUGAUCUUACAAAUGGGCCGAGAAGAAAUUUCUUUUUUAUUUUGAAAAUUCACUCGAGCAAGAAAAUCGCAAGAAGAUGAGGAAGAAAUUUGUAUGCGUUUACAUCGUCCGUUAGGAACGCAUCGCGCGCGGACAACAGAGGCGAGUUCUCUUCCGAUGUGAGAAAAGCUUAAAAUUUCAUCGUUAUCGGGCGCUAUGCGCUACCGGUACGGCUAGGCGCUAUCGGUCUGCCCCCGUAAGUCCUCCGAAGGAGAGCGAGCUCGUCUGCCGAGCCAAGUGUCGGUGGAGGGGAACGAGUACCGAGCUGGCGGCUAAUCAAGAGUGGGGGUAGCUGCGUAGCGGCAGUCAGCCUCGAGCUGCAGCGCGGUGUGGGUGCGUCUCUUCCUCGUUCUAUCUUGUAGCGAUUCACGAAGCCGGUUAGUCUCUAAACGAGACAGUGUACGCUGACCUCUGACAUUUUUCCUUUUUUCUAUCUUCAUUGACAAAGAACUCGACCUACGACUCCUCGUGAGAUUCAUUUUAUAUCCUUUUUAUAUCUAAUCAUAUCGAGGAGCUUCUCGUCUUCCCGCCGGAACGUUUUUCAUCUGAUCGUUCGAGAACACUGUGUCAAGGUCGCCGAUAGAUCGGACUUUGGCCUCUUUGUGAACUCGGAGCAUGGAAAAUGAAAUCUUAAAACGUUCCUGCUCCUCUUCGUCGUCAUUAUCGUCGUUAUCCUUGUCGUCGUCGAUGUAAACAGAAGUUGGUGCGUGCUCUUUUAUGUGUGCGUCUAUCUAUGGAGCAUCAUGUAUGCUUCUCUGAGAGAAAUAACACGCAAUUGCUACGCAUCUUGAGCCGUUCUUCCCAUCUCUCCUUUUCCUCUAUCGGGAUCUGGUACACGGUGUCAAGGUCGACGAUCUCACGGAGUGAACGAUCGGAGUUCUUCCGCAGGAAUAGCACGAUCUGUGACUCCAGAUAAAGAUCGAAUUGAAUCAGCUGGACUAAAUAAGAGAAAAACAAAGAGAAAGUCAGAGAGAAGUUGCAUGGACUUUGUUCGGAUUUGCAGAGAUGUGACAACGAGUACUGUCGUUUUCGUCGUUGCAACGACGCCAUUGCACCGUUUAUGGAAGCUUCUUGAUGAUGACGCAGUUAUCAACGUGAAGAUAACUUGGGGGCUUCGGAUUUAGUCAACGAAGAAUUUUGACUACGACGAAAACGAAACGAAACGAAACAAAAAUGAAAAUAUUAUUCCACAAUGGAAUAUCUUCUUUUUUUUUUAUUAAUCCUUUCGUUUUGCGUCCAAUGUUACAUAAAAAUUGUUGAAAAGAAACCGUACGAGUACUCGUAGUCAAGAACAAUAUGACCAAGAACGAGAAUAGGUUUUUUUUUCUGUAGUUGCUUGCAACGACUUGCUAACAACGCGUAAAGAGAGAAAAGCAAAGAGAGAAAAAAGAAAGAAAAAGAUGUGGUCCCAACAACAACAACAACGACAACAACAACAACAACGACGACAACAACAACAACAACAACAACAACAGCUUCAGCAGCAACCACGGACUUACUUGCGAGGUUUUGCCUUUCAACAUCCACAGCAACAGAACGUUCAUCUCAGUAUCGUCGGUGUCGACGAUACGCCGCAACAUCAGCAUCAACACCAUCAUCAGCUUCAACAUCAUACGAGGGGAUCGAGUGGCAUGGAUCUACCGUUGUCAAGCAAUCCGCGUGCUUCACGAAAUAUGGCGGAGAAACAACGCCGAGAUAAUCUUAACACCAAUAUCUCGACGAUGGCGGCUCUUGUUCCUACCGUCGCCGGAAGUUCGAGAAGGAUGGACAAGAUAUCUAUCCUGAGAUUAACUGCUGCCUAUUUAAGAACGCAAUACACUCUUGGUCGUGGAUCGGCCGAUUUUUUGCCAAAACAAUUCAACGAUUUGGACGUGGAACAGUACUUCGUAGAUAACUUGAUCGGCAAUGCUGGUUUCUUCAUCGUCGUAACCACGGCGGGAAAGAUCGUUUACGUUAGCCGGCAGGUGGAACGUCAACUUGGUCACGCUCAGAAAGAACUGACCGGACAAUCUUUGUAUCACUUCGUUUAUCCCGAGGAUCACGAGGAGUUAACGAAAAAUUUAACGCCGGAUGAAAUGCAACCAAUGGUCGGUGGCUUGACUAUGGACGCCGACAAUAGUUCUAAUUCCUCCGAAGAGUCAACCUCGACGACAUUGACGUCGCAGAGGAACACCGAGAGGAGGCCUUUUCGUGAGCAGAGACGAAGUUUCAAGUUACGAAUGUCACAACGAACGGUUUCGAGACGAGAACACACGCAGUACGAGUGUCUACAUGUGUCGGGCGUUCUUAGGCUCGCGGAUGCUUGUAAAAAUUUUGACAAUCGUGCACGACAUCGAGAGACUACAUCGACAAGCAACGACAUCAUAUUCGUCGGUAUGGCAUGGCUACCCAAGAAACGUCCCAUUACCGAACUCUCCAUAAUAGAUGCUAAUAAACAAGAGUACGUGACGCGACACUUAGUGGACGGCCGUAUUAUUUACUGCGAUCACAGGAUAUCCAUUGUGGCGGGUUACCUGUCCGAGGAGGUUUCUGGUUUGAGCGCUUUCAGUUUUAUGCACAAGGACGAUGUUAGAUGGACCAUCAUUGGACUUCGCCAAAUGUACGAUCGUGCAGAACCUUGCGGUUCAUCCUGCUAUAGACUCCUUUCCAAAACUGGCGAGUUCAUUUACCUAAGGACCCAUGGAUAUUUGGAAUACGACAAAGAUACUCAAACCGUCGAAUCGUUUGUCUGCAUCAAUACCCUAGUCUCAGAAGAAGAAGGUAUUGAAUUCGUAAGAGAGAUGAAGGAAAGAUUUUCAGCUACGGUGUCCGGUGCCACGAAGGCGGUCAUGAUUCAAAAUAACGACGACCUCUCGUUCGAUCUGGGAUCGGAGUCACAAAAAUCAAAUUCCAAAGCCAGCGUGGAAGAUCCUUCGCAGCUAGAGGACGCGAUCACUCAUCUCAUUAGCGAUUUACCUUCACCAGCUGUUUCGGAAGAUCGUUCUUCUCCAUCGCCGAUGCCAAACGCUCAAUUCGCUAAAGCGGCCGUUUUUUCUCAAAGAUUACCACCGGCAGCUGCGCAAGCAAGCAAAUUCGGUAUUAAGAAGAUCGAUCACAAUUUCACGAUACAAGGUAACAAAGGUAAUCUUACGCCAAAACAAGAACCACGGAUUGAAAUAAAACAAGAAAUGAUUGGCAAUAAAACGAUUGUUACCGAUCCUGUUGUUGAAAAAGACGUCAUGUUGGAUGGACAACAACGACACGUUGGAAGAAAGAGAAAUCAAGAUCGUAAUAGUAUUGGCUCAUUGAGUUCAGGAAAACCUUUGAGUAUGAAGGAAAUGAUGGGACAAGUGCAAAUUAUGCGACAGGAGAAUCGUAAUAACGAAAGCAUAAGAACUAAUGUUUUACCUGAACGUAACGCGUUCGAAACGAAAGUUCUGAAGAAUAACAGCGGCGAGACUGGCCUCGAGAACUUAGGAAAUGGCACGAGCGAGUCCGAGGAUGAAGAGUCUAGGAAAAGAUAUUCCUCGAAGAGGAUAUAUACUGAAGAAAACGCCGUGGGGACAGGCCGUAAUAAAAAGCGAAGGAAUGAGAAACGAUAUGAAACUACCGAGAUUCGACUCGGACAACAGCAACAACAACAACAACAACAACACCACCACCACCACCACCAGCACCAACAGCAACAGCAACAAAGUGCUUCUUAUGUUAAUUGUAGGACGUUUAUCAAGGACGAACAGUUUUCAACGCUCGCUGAUUUUGAUCAUUAUGAUCAGGUUCACACCCAACCGAUUCGGGUUACAUCCACGGACUCUACCAAUUCAAGUCUUCAAGAUGUAAACAUCGAGUAUCAGGAAUUGGAUUCGUCUACAUCGUUGGUGAUCUCAAAUAUGGCCAAUGACGAACAAUUUGGUAACCUUCAGGAGCUCAAGGAAGAUCCAUUGUUAAGCUCGAGCCUGGACGCAAAUCCAGAUUUCAUGCUGAAGAUAUUCGAUGAUCUACGGCCUGCAAUGGGUUUUGAAAAAAGCUUUGAUGAUAUGAACGUGCAACAGCUGACAGUCAAUAAUCAGCAAGCGGUUAACGAUGAGAUAAGAAGAACACAUCUACAGCUUGCGAGUAGUAUGGUUAUACGAGAGUCUCAAUUCGAUGUAUUAGCACGGGAUUUGGAUAAUCCAGCUUUGCAGGCUCAAAGAAAAAAUCUAACCCAAUUACAGGUAAUGUCUUACAUCGAUUGCAGGCUGAACAUAAGAUGCAAAAACAAAUCCUAAAGUCUUUACAACAAGAUCAUCGCAACAUACAAGUCAAUGCGAAGCACAAUAUAGGGGUCUGAAUUGUGUAUAUACGUAUGUACGUACGUAACUUUAAAAAGUAUCGCAAAGAUAUCCCCGAACGAUUUGUAUGUUAAAGGCGCCAUUUUGGCCCCAUAAAUUCGCCCGAAGGAAAUUAAGUGUGUUACCUCCUUCUGCCAAAUUACCGAAUUAACUAUGAGCCUUAUAAAUCUUAUUAUGUUACUCUAAAGGAGGGGAAAGAAAGCAAGAAAAAGAAACGACGAUCGACAUAUGUGCAAUAUGCAUCGAAUUGCACCAGCUUUUUUCUUUUUUUUUUUUUUUUUUUGUUUUGUUUUGUUUGUUUCAAACUGUUUGAAGAGACAACGUGUAAAUCGACAACGGGGACUUUUGAGGAAGCGUCAGGAUUGCGCCUGACCGAUCUUCGUGAGAGGAUCAAGUAAUACGUAGAAAAAGAAAAAGGAGGAAGAAAAAGAAGAAAAAGUUUACCGUUGAAAGCUUAUUUAAUGUACUACGUUGGUGCUAGAGAUUCGAAUUGAAGACCUUUUUUCAAUCGAUUUCGUGAGUGCUUACGACUGUGAAGAAUAGUUAUCAGUUAUAAUAAAAAUAAACGAUCAUUCGUUCGAUACAAGGACAAAAAAUAAGUGAAACGAACGAUUGAGUGUUACGCAGUGUUGGCAAUUUUCAAAUUUUACGAUAAAAACAUUGUAGAUAUGAAUAAUGUUAGCUGAUAAAACAAUGUUAGCUGUUUCGAAACAACACUAGAUCGAACGAGGUAGAGAAAGAAAGAGAAGAAGAUAAAAAGAGACGGUCAAACUUCGUUUUCUAUCUCGAGCAUAAAAAAUACCUUCCCCACAAAUACAGAUGCUAAGGUAUAUACAUAAGAACGAGAUUGUCAAUAUCUCAUUCAAAUCCUAUUCGUGUUUAAACAAAAAAAAACGAUACUUUUGAUCUAUAUUUUAUGUCAGACUGUGUGUAUAAGUGUUCAAUCUCUUGAAAAAGGUGUACUAUUUUAGAUUUGACUAGUUCUUUAAUAUUGGCAUUGUGAUCAAUCUUGUACUAUGUUAGUACUGCUUUUUAUGUGAUUAUCGCGUGCGUGCGUGCGUGCGUGCGUGUGCGCGUGCGUGUGUGUGAUAAGAAAGAAAAAGAACAAUAAACAAACAAACAAAUAAAAAAAGAAAAACAGAAAAAGAAUAUGAAAAAGGGAAGGAAUCGAUCGCUGUUCGAUUUAUACAUGAUUAUUGUACAUAAAAUCCAAUUUUUGGACUACAAUUCACGUGAAUUUUACAAACAACCGUCUAUAAAAGUUAUUCCUGCUAGACCUAAUAGUUAUCUCAACCGUUUGGAGGAUAGAGGAUUGGGCCGUGUUAAUUUUUACUGAUAUUUGCUCUUCCAAUCCUCACUUUUCUCUUUUUUUUUAAACUGAAUUAAUUUUACUAGUACUUAUUGUUUCUUAGAAACAUGAAUUGUAACGAGCGCGAUCAUACUUUUCAAUAAAGAUCUUUUCAAUGACUCCUGCCAAACAAAGGUUUGAACUAACGGAAGCGAAAAAAGAAAAAAGGUUUUAGCAGGAUUAUUCAAGGACAACUUAUUCUCGAAUCAAACGGGAGAUCGCUUACCCCGACCUUUUUUCUUUAUAAAUGAACGUAAUACGUUAGAAACUUCAGAAAAGGAUAGAAAUAUCUAAAUUAUUUCUCCAAGUGAUUUAUCGAUAAUUGAUUGCGAAUAACGUCGGCGACUGGUAUAGUUCUUUUUCUUUUUUCCUUUUUUCUUAUUCUUUUAAUUUUCUUUUUUUUGUUUUAUACUAACUAGUAUCGACAACAAAACUUAGUACACCUUUUUACAAAUUAUUACAUAUUCCGAUUGUCCGUUGUUCGAGUUUUCUUUUCUUUUCUCAUAUUUCUGCAUAUUUUAAAUUUUCUCGUCUUUUUUCAUAUUUUAAAACGAUUAAGAGCGAAAGUAGUAAGAAGUAAAGAGGAGAAAAAAGAGAGGAGAGCGUAAUGUGCAAUGUUCUAAUAAUUAGAGCGAAACAAAAAAGUUUAUUUCUUUUUUACUUUUUAUUUUUUUGGAGAAGUGGGUUAAGUCCGGUUUCUACCCUUCCUCCCCAUUGCUAUGGCUCCAAGAGAGAAAAGAUAAAAAAAAAAAAGAAAGAAAAAAAUGCUCUUCCGAAUGUCCUCUUUCCUAACCAGUCAACCGUAAUGACAAAAUAGAAAGAAAGAAAGAAAAAUAAUUCUCGUGAUCUUAUAGUACAAAACGUCCAACGUCCAAACUAUCUGUGUUCGAUGUAACCCCGCAGCUCUCUGUCAAUGUCAUAUUUCCACAUACCCUGCCCCCCCCCUCCCACACACCAUCAUGCCACACUCUCUCUCAUCCUCUUUGAGCCUACUCUAUUUUUUACGUUUAUGUAUUGUUGUAAGUGUAACGAUCAUAUCGUAACAAUUAGACAAAUUUUUUAUGUACUUUUGUGACUUUGAAAGCGCGCUGUAAAUAGGCUUAAUUUGCCGUUGCCUUUGCUGUUGAAUUAUUGCUAUUAUUGUUCUUCAUUAAAAAGAAGAAGAAGAAAAAAGAAAGAAAGAAAAAUAAGUAUUAAACGCUCAGGGUGAUCCGGCUAUGAAGAUCAAAGUGCGGGUGGGAUUUUAGAGGGAGAAAAAAAGGAAAAGCGAGAGAGCAAUCGCGGCAAAUAAAUAAAUUGUUUGAAAGAAAUUUAAGGAAAAAAAAAUGUAUAUUAACUUAUAAAGAAGCUAUGCGCGAAACGGUAAGGCGACAAUUUCUGUAAUUUUCUUUUCUUUUCAUUGUUUUUUUUUUCCUUUUUUUUUCUUUCUCUUUCACUAUGCGACAAACGGAUCUAUUUGAACGUUUCUAUUUUCCCGCAUUUUUAUAUUAUCAAUAUUUUGUUAUGAAACAGUCGAGUCAUUUAGAUUUCAUAUGGUCGUCAUUUGAGCGUUUCAAAAUUUAUCGUUGCGAAUGGAAAGUUAAGAAAAGAAAAUAAUGAUAAAGAGAAAGAGAGAGAGAGGGGGGAAAUAAAAUAGAGAAUUCUUGGGAGAAAGAAAAUCGUUUACGUGUUUUAUCACGCAUUGCCAUAAAUUUUAUAAUUGCGAGAAUAAAAAAGAAGAAGAAAAAUUAAAUUUGCGAGUACGUGCGACGAAAUCUUGCGAGGAUGGAGGAAAGAAAGAUAAAAAUAGAAAAAUAAUGAUAUUCGUACAAACGGUGAUAAGCGAUAAAAUAGUUAAAUUCCCGGUGUAAUACAAAGCAGGCGACCCCACAGGAUUUAUUGAUAAUAUGUAAGAACAUACACACUCACACAGAUUAAUUAUAAAUUAAGAGCCGGUUGAAUAUUUCUUUUCUUAGGAACAAUAGAGAGAAAAACGUAUUGAGAAAAGUUUCCUGAUUUCACGUUCGACUUUUGAUUAAUCCGGAAAUGUAAUAAUUUUUAAUUUUUCUUAUACGAAACCGCGUAUUUUUUAAUUAAUUGGAUAUUUUGACCAAUUAUCUUUCAAAAAUAUUAAAAAAGUAUAGACGUAAAGUCAAUAAUUAAAGAAAUCUUAGCGUGUAUAUAUUUAUAUGACUAAUACAGGAAAUCGGAUAUUUUAUAAAUAUUUGAUACAUGAAAUCGUGAAACUUUUCUUAAUAUAUUUUUUCUUCUGUUGCUCUUAACAAACGAAAUAUUUAACUGGCCCUUAAUUUAUAAAACCAAUUUGUGUAUGUAUAACUUUAUAAUAUUGUACAUAACUAUGUUAUAUUUUAUAUCCCGCUAAUUGUACGCAUAAAGUGGCUUUUCUUUUCUUUUAUUUUUAAGUGAAAAUUAGGCAAAUUCAAUAUCGAGCUUCCUCGUAUAACAUUUCCUUUUCUUCUUUGGUUUUUUUUAUUUUUAUUUUUAUCUUUAUUUUUUUAUUUUUAUUUUUAUACCGGUAACGUUAUUGUAGUAGAAAAAUUCUUUUCUUCCUCCUUUAAACAUUCUGCUCUUUUUCUUUUUUAUCAAAAGCAGAAGAAAAGAAAUAAUGUUAAGAAUAAAAAGAAAAGAAAAACUGCAAAAAUCCGUUUUCGAACGCAUCGCUGGGGCUAAUCAUAAUUAUUUAUUAUUGUUGGACAAAUGUAAUUUAUAUAUCUCUACGCAUGAGUGAUGUUUGCGCAAAGAAAUUGCAGGAUUUCCAAAAGACUUGUUAUUUAAUGUUUUUUUGUCAAAACAAUCUUUCGGAUAGAAAAGUCUUUCUAAAUAUCCUAUCGCAACGAAAAUUUGUUGGUUAUGUAUUUGUUACGACCCAGCCCUUCGAUAGAGCAAUCAAUGAAAAUAACAUAAAAUGAAAAUAACUCAAAAGACAUAGUUACGAAAGAAAAGAAAUACCGAAAAAAAACAAAUUGCAUUUUCUUUCUUAUAUUUGGAAAGUGUAAAUAAAUUUUUAUAUAUAUAAUAUAGGGAGAGAGAGGAAGAGAGAGAGAGAGAGAGAGAGAGAGAGUCACGAAGGAAAAAUUAUUAGCGAAAGAAAAAAUCGGAUAAUAAAAAGGUAAUAAAAAGAAACAUUUAUGACAGUUCGUUCGAACUCACAUCGAAUGAAAUAAUAUUUUAUGUUGCUACACGUAAAAGGCGAAUAAACGUAUAUGGAAGCGAGCAUAUGUAAUGAUAAUAAAAAAAAAAAAAAAAUACAAAAAAA